AUGAUCGACGUCCAGGAGCUGGAUGACCUUGGGCCAAAACCGAUCCGAAAAAGGCUGAAAGACAGAGACCAAGGAAAGAGGGAAAGCACGUGGAGACUGCUAAGCGAUAAGGAGCUGCGUGAGAAAAACUAUGGCAACGAAGAAAAAAAGCGGCGCCUUACGCGGCCAAGACUUGCGUUUCGUUGGGUGGGUGGCGGGGGGGGGCACGGGAGGCGGGGAGAGGUUGGGGCGGGGGCUGUGGGGCUUGAGUACCUCUCUGCCACUCAACCCACUUCUCUCUUCUCGAAUCCAGGUGUCAUCGGGCUGUUGGCCUUGUACCUGAUGUUCGGCUAUGGAGCCUCUCUCCUGUGCAACCUGAUAGGAUUCGGCUACCCAGCCUACGUCUCAAUUAAAGCCAUAGAGAGUCCCAACAAAGAAGAUGAUACCCAGUGGCUGACCUACUGGGUAGUGUACGGUGUGUUCAGCAUUGCCGAAUUCUUCUCUGACCUCUUCCUGUCCUGGUUCCCCUUCUACUACAUGCUAAAGGUAUGUGGACAGUUCCCGACACUGCUCUGUCUCCUUCCAUAUAUGGACUUGAUUUGCCCCCUACCCCUAAAGAAACUCCAUCUCAGGACCUAUAAACAAGAAUAGGAACAAAUAAAUGCU